AUGCAGGCAGAGGAGUACAUCCAGAGAGGGAAAGAACUGGUCGACUACAUUAAAGAAUACUUAACCACAGUCCGAGAGAGGCGAGUCAACCCGGACGUCCAGCCAGGGUACAUGAGGAGUCUCCUUCCCAACAGCGCGCCUGCCGACCCGGAAAACUGGGACUCCAUCUUUCAGGAUGUUGAGAGGAUCAUCAUGCCAGGGGUGGUGCACUGGCAGAGCCCUCACAUGCACGCUUACUUCCCCGCGCUGACCUCUUGGCCCUCUCUGCUGGGGGACAUGUUGGCGGACGCCAUUAACUGUCUCGGCUUCACAUGGGCGUCCAGUCCAGCCUGCACUGAGCUGGAGAUCAUUGUGAUGGACUGGCUUUGCAAGGCUCUUGGUCUCCCCUCACACUUUCUCCACCAUCACCCAGACAGCAGAGGAGGGGGAAUACUGCAGAGCACAGUGAGCGAGUGCACCUUAGUCUCUCUACUGGCCGCACGGAAAGACAAAAUCCUGCAGCUGAAGGAGGCAGAACCCGACACAGACGACUCAGUGCUGAACUCCAGGCUCAUCGCCUAUGCAUCUGACCAGGCUCACUCGUCUGUGGAGAAAGCGGGGUUAAUUUCGCUCAUUAAAAUACGGUUCCUGCCCACGGACGAGAGCUUUGCCCUCCGUGGGGAAACUCUGCAGAGAGCCAUUGAGGAAGACAGGAGCAAAGGCCUGGUGCCAGUCAUGCUUUGCGCCACUCUGGGUACGACAGGGGUGUGUUCUUUUGACUGUCUGUCAGAGCUGGGACCUCUGUGUGCACAGGAAGGCGUCUGGAUGCAUGUGGAUGCAGCGUAUGCGGGCUCGGCCUUCCUGUGCCCGGAGCUCAGGAGCUUCCUCAGCGGCAUUGAGUUCGCAGACUCUUUCGUCUUCAACCCCUCAAAGUGGAUGAUGGUCCAUUUUGACUGCACCGCGUUUUGGGUGAAGGAUAAGUGCAAGCUGCAGCAGACCUUCAGCGUUGACCCCGUUUACCUCAGACACGACAACUCAGGAGACGCCACUGAUUUUAUGCACUGGCAAAUUCCUCUGAGCCGAAGGUUCCGCUCGCUCAAACUCUGGUUCGUCCUGCGCUCCUUUGGACUCAAAAAGCUUCAGGCCCAUAUUAGACAUAGUAUAGACUUGGGAAAGCUGUUUGAAUCCCUCGUGAGAAGUGACCCAAACUUUGAGAUGCCUGCUGAGAGACACAUGGGCCUGGUGGUCUUCUGUGUCAAGGAAGGAAACGCCUCAACCCAGGAGCUACUGAGAAGACUGACGAAAUCAGGAACCAUGUUUUUGAUUCCUGCAGCCAUUAACACCAAACUGAUCAUUCGCUUCACGGUCACCUCCCAGUUCACCACCCCAGAGGACAUUCUGAGGGACUGGUCCAUCAUACGCAGCACUGCCGCAUCCAUACUGGCUGAGUGGCGAGUCCGCGACGCCGACGCCCACCCUCACGCCGCGGGAAACCCCGCGGAUGAGAGCGGAGCCCGCGUCAGAACAGAGCAUCUGAUCGACCAGAGGCUGGUGAGACAGGGCCAGAGAAGAGCUGUGAGAUCUCUCAGCUGCAGCGGGGCGUUGCCGCCCAUGCACAGGGAAGGACCAGCCAAAAAUAUUCCUGAGAAGGUCGACAACCUCACGGGGAAAAAAGUGUUGAAACGCCUCACCAAGUUUUACAGCGUUCCCAGUUUCUCACAGAUGUGGGUUCAGUGUGGAAUGCAGCAAGUGUACAGCCCAUUUAAAAAGCCAUGGUUCAGCAGCAGAGCAAACUGCUUCAACUGCUUUGCCCUGACACAGGGCAACCCAUACGCACUACCAACCAAAUGA